GCAUGUGUGGUAAACAAACAGAGGUUGGUUGCUGUAGGAGAUAAGAUUCAUUCUAGUGAGUGCUACUACCUGAAGAAGUGAAGAAUCAAUGGCUUCUGCAGCAUCAGCAUCUCUGCUCAAGUCUUCUCCUGUUCUUGACAAGUCUGAGUGGGUGAAGGGCCAAACCCUUCGCCAACCUUCUGUAUCCGUUGUGAGAUGUAACCCUACCACCACCCCAUCACCCCUCACCAUCAGAGCUGGUUCCUAUGCUGAUGAGCUUGUUAAGACUGCGAAAACUGUUGCUUCACCAGGGCGUGGCAUUUUGGCCAUGGAUGAGUCCAAUGCUACCUGUGGGAAGCGUUUGGCUUCAAUUGGGCUAGAGAACACCGAAGUUAACCGCCAAGCAUGGCGUACUCUUCUUGUGACUGCUCCUGGCCUUGGUCAGUACGUCUCUGGGGCCAUUCUCUUUGAAGAAACUCUCUACCAAUCCACAACCGAUGGCAGGAAGAUUGUUGAUGUUCUUAUUGAGCAAAACAUCGUUCCCGGUAUUAAAGUUGACAAGGGUUUGGUGCCCCUGGCUGGUUCCAAUGAUGAGUCAUGGUGUCAAGGUCUGGAUGGUCUUGCCUCUCGCACAGCUGCAUACUACCAGCAAGGUGCCCGAUUCGCCAAAUGGCGUACUGUUGUGAGCAUCCCCAACGGUCCCACUGCUUUGGCAGUUAAGGAAGCAGCUUGGGGUCUGGCUCGUUAUGCUGCAAUUGCUCAGGACAAUGGGCUAGUCCCAAUUGUGGAGCCUGAGAUCCUGCUUGAUGGUGAACAUGGUAUUGAAAGGACUUUUGAAGUAGCCCAAAAGGUUUGGGCUGAGGUUUUCUUCUACCUUGCUGAGAACAAUGUCUUGUUUGAGGGUAUUCUCCUCAAGCCUAGCAUGGUUACCCCUGGAGCUGAGAGCAAGGAUAAGGUCUCUCCUCAGCAAGUUUCUGAUUACACCCUCAAGCUCCUUCAGAGGAGAAUUCCCCCAGCUGUCCCUGGAAUCAUGUUUUUGUCAGGAGGACAAUCUGAGGUUGAAGCAACCCUGAACUUGAAUGCCAUGAACCAAUCUCCAAACCCAUGGCAUGUGUCAUUCUCAUUUGCCAGAGCUCUCCAAAACACCGCCUUGAAGACAUGGGGGGGCCGCGCAGAGAAUGUGAAGGCAGCACAAGAUGCACUCCUUUUCCGCGCUAAGAGCAACUCAUUGGCUCAGCUUGGAAAGUACACUGGUGAUGGUGAAUCUGAGGAAGCCAAGAAGGAGUUGUUCGUCAAAGGCUACUCCUAUUAAGAUGUUAGUAGUGAACAUGAUACAUGAUAGGCAGCAGCAAGAACCAGCACCAGCACUUGACUGAGGGUGGAAUGGACGAUUAGUUUGUCAAAAAAUGUGUCAUGUUUUAUAGUCUUGGGAGACUAUUUUUGUUUAUGGUUACAUGCAUCUUCACAACUUAAUUAAUUAUUAAAACCUUUUGCUA